UUCAGUAAAACUUCCCUAUUAAAACUCUCAAAUUUAGAUGCAUGUUGAAGAUAAAGAGUGAAUACAAGGGAUGUGGAGUUCAUUGAACAUCAGGUGUGUGAGUAAGAUAAAUGAUGUUGUUUGUCAACCAAAGAAACUCUCCAAGCAAAGAAGUCUAAACCCAUAUGAAGAAGUUAAGCAUGAGCAUGAAGUUCAAUUUGGUAGUGAAAUUAUGAAGAGCAUAAUCAAUUACAAGGAACCUUCCCCUCCGAGCAGCUUCAAAGAAAUUAAUACAGGAGAGCCAUCAAGGAAAGUCAUAGAAAAGAUCCUUCAAUGUGCUUUACCAAACACAAAAUCAUCAAAAAUUCUGAAGAUCAAAAGGGUUUUCAGAGUGAAGAACUCACCUGAAGUGGUUGACAACUUUGAGAAGUAUAGGGAUAUGGUGAAGCAGAAAGCUAAGAAAACAGAAUACAGACAACCGAGGAGCGUGGUUGACGGGAACGAGCUCUUAUGUUUUUAUGUCACUACCAUGACUUGCCAUGGAGGACAAAUAGAGCUUUUCUCAACACCUUGUGAACAUUCUGAUUGCAAUUUAUGCCAGACGAUUAGCUCUAGUUUCGACACGAAAUACACAAAAAGGUUUGGGAUUCAACUAUGUAUGAGCAGUGAGGCUUUAAGUAAGAGUAUUACAGCAGUUUCAAAGGGAAAGAACACUAAAAGGGUAGUAAUAAUUUGCAGGAUCAUAGCAGGGAGAAUAAGAGCAAUCAAAGAUAGAACAAGUGAAGAUGAUUAUGAUUCAGUUAGGAAUUUUGCAGGGUUUUGUUUCAAUUCUGAGCAUUUGAUUGUAAAAAAUCCUAAUGCUGUACUUCCUUGCUUUUUUGUAGUAUUGAGCUAAG